AUGGAUCUCGUUAACCAGUAUGCUACUCCUGUCUCCCACGCCAUGACGCUAUUUCGUGACUCAAUUGCCCUGUGUGAAGUCAAUAAGAGGCUAACCUCGAUCCCAGCCUGGAAGGAAGACUCCUCUUCGCCGUCCCUAAAAGCAAAGGGCCGUCUGCAACAGGCAACCCUAGACCUCCUCUCCGGCAGCGACAUCCAGUUCCGCCGCGAAACGCGCCUCGACAUCGCACUGGUCAAGAACCUGCCCAUCGCGCUCAUCUUCCUUCCCGCAGCCGACAUCCCGACCUUCGUCGGCGAGGGCCGCGUAGACCUCGGCAUCACGGGCCGCGACCAGGUCGCCGAGCACGAUGCGCAGAUCCCCGACGGCGAGGUCUCGCGCGUCGAGGAGAUCAUGGACCUCGGGUUCGGCAGCUGCAAGCUGCAGGUGCAGGUGCCGCAGAUGGGCGACGUCACGGAGGCGAAGCAGCUGGUCGGCAAGAAUGUCGUGACCAGCUUCACGGCGCUGACGGAGGCGUUCUUCGCCGGGCUCGAGGGCGUCGCGGAUGGGAAGAAGCUGCGCACCAAGAUCAAGUAUGUUGGUGGCAGUGUCGAGGCGGCGUGUGCGCUGGGUGUCGCCGAUGGUAUUGUCGAUCUCGUUGAAUCCGGCGAGACCAUGAAAGCCGCCGGCCUCAAGGCCAUCGAUACCGUCGUCGAGAGCACCGCCGUGCUAGUCAAGUCCAAGGAUACCAAGAACCCCCUGGUUGACCUGAUCACCUCUCGUAUCAGUGGUGUUAUCACCGCCCAGAGAUACGUUCUGUGCCAGUACAAUAUCCCCCGUUCCGAACUGUCGGUUGCCUCGACCAUCACACCAGGCAAGCGCGCCCCGACAGUCACCGCUCUUGAAGAGGAGGGCUGGGUGGCCGUCAGCUCCAUGGUGGAGAAGAAGAAGAUUGCCACCGUCAUGGACGAGCUGUGCAAGGUCGGCGCAACGGAUAUCCUGGUCCUCAAUAUCGCCAACUCGCGAACCGCCUGA